AUGACUAGUACUGUAUCAUUUCCUUCUCAUAACUGGUUAGAUUUACCCGAAAUACUGUGGUAUUAUAUUUGUGAACAUUUAUCUGUUAUCGAUAUCGUUUAUCUUAGUCAGACAAAUCAAAAACUAUAUCAACUAAUAAAUACUGAUCCAUUUUGGAUACAUUUAAUUCGUACUCAUUUUGGUCAACGUCUAUGGCAUCUUUAUUGUAAUCUUCUAUUUCAUCAGACAAACACAACUGAUCUUCUUUACAAAUCAACACAUAAUCAACAAGAAUUUGAACGACAAUAUAAACAACUACCCCCAACUAUUUUACGUACAGGAUGGACAAUGGCUAUUACUGCUGCACAAAAUAAUAAUAUUAAAGGUUUUGCUGCUGCUAAACGUGCUAAAUUUUAUUUUCCAAAAUUAAAACAUCAAUUAAAAAUGGCUAUAACCGAAAAAACAUUUCGUUCUCAUCUCAUAUUUUAUGAAUUUAAUAAUGAAAAAUUAAUAUCAUUUAAACAAACUGUUUUACUAUCAAAACUCGUAUAUUUCUAUUUAUUAGAUCGUAAACGUUUACCGGUCAAUAGUAUGUUUACUUGUUUUGAUAAUCUUAAUUUACAUCCGUUGUGUGAAAAAGAUUCGACAAGUAUCAGUGAAUAUGUUGCACAUGUUGAUUACAAAUGGUUGUCGGCUGUACGCGGUUCUUUCAUAGACGUGAUUCCCGGUGAAUAUCAAAUAGUUGUUCGUAUGAAAUUAGAUAUUGUUCGUUAUGAACUUCAACGUGAAGAUGAUAAUUUUUCCGGUGAAUUUACUUGUAUACCUGAAUAUGGUCUUAUGUCAAAUUAUACGUGGGAUGGUGAAUGGUUCGAAAUGAAUUAUGCACUAAACGACAAAAAUUGGUUUGAACAUUCGAUGGGUACAAUAACUGUUUAUGAAUUAUCUGAAGUCUAUUUUGGAAUGAGAGUAUGGAUGAUGCCAUACAAAAAAUAUCAAAUAUUGUGUGAUUAUAUCGAAUUAAAAAUUGUGCAAUAA